GCCCACCUUUGUCUUGACAGCGUACAUAAAAAGGACAUGUACCCCUGCCGUUUACGACACUCAUCUACUUCGCUAGCUAGCUAGCUAAUUAGCUGGCGCAUACAGCCCAGCCUUGGACUUCAUUGUCUACAUACAUCUUUGAGGUUUAUUGGUUUUAUUUAUCAUAAACUGCAGUAUAUGGAGUGAAUUUGUCAUUUAAAUGGCGUUCAAUGGCCACCAAUGCGACGAUGAAAGUAUCGACGAAGACGAAACGCCCACGAAGCAGCCGCGGUCCAACAAGGAGAUGCCCGGUUGUUUCAUUAACGAGCCCAAGAAUGAGGCAGCUGCGUCCGCAGGAAGAGCCACAUCCGACCGGCGUACCUCCAACUCGACGGCGAGGCAACGGAGCGACUCGGUGAAGAAAACAAGGCCGCCAUUUCCCUGGUUUGGGAUGGACAUUGGAGGCACCCUGGUGAAGCUGGUGUACUUUGAGCCCAAAGACAUCACAGCAGAGGAGGAGCAGGAAGAGGUGGAGAACCUGAAGAGCAUCCGGCGCUACCUAACCUCCAACACCGCCUAUGGGAAAACGGGCAUCAGGGAUGUCCACCUGGAGCUGCAGGACCUGACUCUGUGCGGCAGGACAGGCAACCUGCACUUCAUCCGCUUCCCCACGCAUGACCUGCCGGCCUUCCUGCAGAUGGGCCGCAACAAGCACUUCUCCAGCCUUCACACCACCCUCUGCGCCACAGGAGGGGGGGCGUACAAGUUUGAGGCUGAUUUCCGCACGAUGGCAGACCUGCAGCUUCACAAGCUUGAUGAGCUGGACUGUUUGAUCCGGGGGGUGUUGUACAUCGACUCGGUGGUGUCCAGCGGACCCUCAGAGUGCUACUACUUUGAAAACCCCACUGACCCAGAUCGCUGCAUCCAGAGGCCAUAUACACUGGAGAACCCCUAUCCUCUGUUGCUGGUCAACAUAGGGUCUGGGGUCAGCAUCCUGGCCGUCUACUCUGAGAGUAACUACAAACGCGUUACAGGGACCAGCCUCGGUGGUGGGACCUUCCUGGGCCUGUGUUGCCUGCUGACUGGCUGCUCUACUUUCGAGGAAGCUCUAGAAAUGGCUUCUCAAGGGGAGAGCACCCGAGUGGACAAGCUGGUUCGGGACAUCUAUGGAGGAGACUAUGAGAGGUUUGGACUGCCAGGCUGGGCUGUAGCCUCAAGUUUUGGCAACAUGAUGUCCAAAGACAAGAGGGAGUCGGUGUCCAAAGAGGACCUGGCCAGGGCAACACUGGUCACCAUCACCAACAACAUCGGCUCCAUCACCAGGAUGUGUGCUCUCAACGAGAACAUAGAGAGAGUGGUGUUUGUGGGUAACUUCCUGAGAGUGAACACACUCUCUAUGAAGCUGCUGGCCUACGCCAUGGACUACUGGUCUAAAGGACAGCUCAAGGCACUCUUCCUACAGCAUGAGGGUUACUUCGGAGCGGUUGGAGCGCUGUUGGAGCUCCUGCAUCCGUCCUAAUCUGUCUGAACUACAUUCAAAGAAGUUCUCGUCAAUCUGCUGCAAAGACCAUUAGCACUUUAGACUGUCCAUAAUUAAUUCCACAAAGGGAUGUUAUGCCAGCCACCAGCCAGUUACUGGUAAAUUUUGGUUGUGGCAGGAACAUUGUUAAACAUUUGGAGGUCCUAUUAUGUUCUCAGAAAUCAAGCUGGUUUGAAAAAUGGUGAAAGUAGCUACUAAAUUGUCAUUCACAUCUGCUGUUGUGGGCAGCAGAUAUGCGCCCGUUUCCUUCCCUGACCAAAGUGUUAUGCAGCAAUGUUGGAAAAAGUAAUUGUUUGCAGGAACCCGCCAGGUUUGGUCUGAAAACAUCUUAACACUACUUGGGUAGCAGGUGGAUGGGAGUUUGUGUAGUGUAUGAGCUUAUAUGAUGGGUGGUACAACUUAAAAAUAAUCACAGGAAAGAUUUGACUAGAAAAGCAUCAUUCAUCAUUGUUUAUUUCCUGAAUAUGUUGAUUGAUUAUUAGUGUAUAAAAUGUCUGAUAAUAGCUAAAAAAAAAAAAGAAAUGCCUGACUUAAGAUUCCGGAACCAAAGAUGACUUCUUUCAAAUGCAUGUUUUGUGAUUCUAAACCCAAAGAUAUUCAGUUUAAUAUCAUAUAAGACAAAUAAAUGCAAACAAUCCUCAUAUUUCAGAAGCUAGAAGCAGUAAAAAGGAUGCAAUUAUCAUGUUGCAGAUAGAUUUUCUGUCUAUCAAUCCACUAAUGCUUUCAACUGUACACACCUGCAGUUCUAAAUAACAUCUUGUGAAAGUCAUAGGAUGAUAUCUUGAGAGUUGAGAUGAUUUAACUCCCAAAUAAAAAGGAACCAAUUUAGCUGUUGAACAUAUUGUCGUGAUAGUACUCCCACCCAUCUGAUACUCUUAGUAAACUGGAACCCCACCCCCACUGAAAAGCAUUUAAACCACGUAUUAUUAGUGUUGUAUCAUCCUUGAGCAUUUACUUCUCACUAAUUGAAUGUCAAAUGCUUGUAUGAUUGAAACAAGCAGGUUUCCCUCACUGGAUGAUGACUCCCAUUUAAACUUGCAUUUCAGUCUUUCUUAAUUGACACCAUAAUUGUUAAAAAUGCACCAAAAGUCACCAUUAUUAUUUUUUUUAAUGGAAACAUUCACUGUUACUGUUCUAGAGGUCUUAAUGUUUGUAAAGUUUAUGAACCCAAUUGUUUACUCCAAGCUGUGUUUUUGCAACACUGCUGGUAUUGGAAAAUCUGUACAAUCAGUUCUGGGGUUAGUGAGACUGGACUGUAUAGUAUGAUUGAUAAAUUCAGGUCCCUUUCUAACCCCAAACCUCUGCCCUGCUGAAGUGCCCUUGAGCCACUGCAACCCUCUCCUUGUAGAGGAAAAUCAGAGCAAGUGAAAAGAUAGAUAUUGAUAAAUAUGAUAUAAUAUAUAGUAUAUAUAAUAUUAAGGUAAAAUUAGGGCAUUAUAUUCCCCAGAUUCACUAAAAAAACGUAUUUAAAUGCAUAAACGUUAUGCAUCCCUCCAAUGGAGGUUUAAGGUCCUGCGACCCCAAACUAUUUCUGUCUGUACUUAAAUAUUAAUGUUUUGAGUUCAAUGUACGUUUUGGUCAGGCUUCCUGACGCUCGUGUUUCUAGAGGCAUUUAGCAAGGUAGAACUUGAAAUAUUUUCAACCAUGUGUCUCUGAUGUGUGUUUGAUGAGUUAUUUGUCCUAUCAUUUCAUUUAAUGGUCAUCCGUCCCAUUUUAAUGUCAUCUGUUAGUCCAGUAAUCGGUCCGUCAGUGGAUUACAGGGACCAUUAUAAAUCAGCUACCCAAUGAAGAGAUCUGACUCCCAAAACAGUUGUAAAUUUAGUGCACACAGUUUUUUUUCAGCUGUCAGUUACUUGAUAUAAUGUAUCAAAGUUCUAUAUACAGUAAGUUGAUUUAAAAAAAAAAGUGCCUGUCAUGUUUUUGUAUAGAAUACAAUAAUGUGCUCAGCAAUGUGAAUUAAAAUGAGGCAAAACGUGUCUAAUUCCAUAGGUUUCCUCUUUUGUUUGCUUGUCACGUUACAUUUCAAUAAAAAUUACUUUUUUU